AUGGGUUGGAGACUGAAAUUGCCUGCUCUUAGGCUCGCUCUUCCGGGGCAGCUUCUAACGGGGUUUACGCUUAGCACGCAACCACCCGCUUCCGCAUUCAAGGCGCAUGACUGGUCGAACUCUGCUAUCGAGGAAGAAAGCGGAAACAGACGACUUGCCGGGUUUGUGCAAUCUUUGGAAGCGCUGAAGCGUCAGCCAAAGCGGCGUCUUUGUGUUAGACAGGAAGCCGUUCUGCACGACGCGCGCGGUCGCGCGCGCGAGGCGUCGGAGGCGGCGCUCCCGGGUUUGCGAAAGCGGUUUGCGAGACUAGGAUUGGGGGGAAAUGCGCUCGCGCGGGUGUUGGAGUACGUCCAAGAAAGUGCGCCGAUCGUCAUUCACUUUGACCCGCGGCAGCCGUUUAGAAACUUUUCCACAGUCCUAGAAGUGUUCCUUUCGGACACAGAGUACCGGAACCAAUUCGAAACGAACAUAUCGAAGGGCCAUCUCGGGCCUUCUCGUGACACGUGGGAGCGAACCCUCUUCAGGGGAGUGUACCAUCGGGGGGAUCCCCCGAGCCCCGAAGUGCGCACAAAGUAUGGCGCGCUCAACCUGUUCCAGCAGCCCGAGGGAUGCGCCCCAGCAGGCUACGGGUCCUGUUACUUUACGCUCUGUUCGGGAGUCCGUAAACGGGUCACGUUCACGUGGGGAGACUCGUCUACCGACGCUGCACAGACGCCUGCCACGUGUCAGCAUUUCGCCCACGUGCUGCAGAAGUUUUCUGAUGCGGACGUCCGCAGCCUGGUCAAGCGGGGGCCGCGGACAAACGGGGAAGCGUUUCUCGUGGAAGCGCAGAUACACGGACCCAUCGACUUCCGCUGCGACGUCAAGGGAGUCCGGUACGCGAGCGCGGAAUCCGCGGACGUCCGGAAGCAGUUGGAGGAGUGGGCGGACAAGAAUUGGUUUGCCGCCUGUUUUACCGACCAAAAGAACUAUUAA